AUGGGGAAUUUUUUGGCAUCCACCAAGAUAACCAAUGACCUUUCAAGUAAGUCGGUGUAUUCAUAUACACUCAGAACCCUCGAGGGGAAUCCCUUUCCAAUGGAAAACUUGAAAGGGAAAGUUGUAAUGGUAACAAAUGUUGCAUCCAAAUGUGGUUAUACAAAGUCUUACUAUAAGCAAAUGGUGAGAAUCUACUCGGUAUUUGCUCCCCUUGGGCUGGAAAUUAUUGGUCUUCCUACCAGAGAGUUUAUGGGCCAGGAGUUUGCGAGCCCCCAGGAAAUUCGGAAAUUUGCAGAUUCUCAAAAUGUCAAAUUCCCCCUAAUGGAGAUUUGUAAGGUAAAUGGCCCAGAUUCUCUGGAAUUUGUGCAAAAGCUUAAAAGAGAAACUCCUGAGCUAUAUAAUGAGAAAAGUAACACUUUGUCACCAAUCAAAUGGAACUUCUCAAGGUUUCUGAUCGAUCAAAAUGGAAAAGUUGUUGCAUUUAGAGGUACAAGAACCGAGCCAACUGAACUCAUUCCAAAGAUAGCUGAGCUUCUUGGCGUCCCUAACUACGAAGAGUUACUCCAAAAGUAUGACCAGCUCACUCCAGACUCAGGUCAAGAUUCACAAGAUGAUGUAUGCCCCUUGAAACACAAAUAA